UACUCGUUAGGGGAGAGUCCCUUUCCAGCCAUGGAGCAAACCCUGUGCAGGCCCAUUUCUGUGCAUCAGUAUAUAUAAGCUUUUCCUCAUUGAAUGUAUUCCUUCUUGCCUUAAAUUGCCUUAUAUGUGAGUCUACAUCCUUACAAUGUGCAGAAUAAUUUAGUCCCCACCUCUGUGUACACCCCCUUCUCUACACACUGCUGAAAGCCUCUUCCGCUAGUUGACAGGAGUCGUUGGUUUCUACACUGUUACCAGGACGCUACAGUUCUAAGGGAGAAGUGCUCUGGCAUAGCGUUGACUCCUUAUCCCGUUCAAGAUGUGUCUUCUGACAUAUGAAAACCACCAUGCAGACAUGCUAACUGAGGGACAGAACACAAAAAGAUGAAGAAACCAGAAGAACGGCAGUCAGGUCUGCAGGAGUCAAGAAGAAAAGCUGUUCAGUCUCAAUCAGUCAAUCUCACAGUGAACAUAGGAGAACCUAACAUUUAUUUUAUUUUAUUUAGCCUUUAUUUAACCAGGUCGGUCCCAUUGAGAUACAAUGACCUCUUUCCCAAGGGAAGCCUGGCCAAGAGAGCAGCCAGAGAAACAUUACAGACAUCAAGCGAACAUCAUCACUCUUAUUUCUAUUUUGAUAAUGUUGAAGAUGCACCUUCGACUACUUACCAGGCUGCAGAGCAGGUGGCAGAGAAUGAAGCAGAUGGAGACAGUGACACCAAACCCUCAACGACAGCCUCUGAGAGACACAUCUCAAUCCAAACAAAACUCAAAGGCCUUGAGAUGUUGGCUGACCUCGAUGGUGCGGGUCGGAAAUCGUGUCCCCUGUGUCCUGAGGAGAAAUUUAAAGCCUGUUACAGCCACAAACUCCGCCGACACCUGCAGAACCUCCACUGGAAAGUCUACGUGGAGCUUCAAGGUCAGAGGAUGUGCAUCUGCCACCUGCCCUGCCGAAACUUGAAGCCCAGCCUCAGCGGUGAUCAGGUGUCGGGGAGACAUGUGGCUCACUACCACUGUGUGGUGUGUUCUGUCACCAUCGCCCGGAAGACCGACAUGAUCAGUCACCUCAAGCGGCACAUCAACAAAGGAGAGACCGAGGCCAGCUACUCUGGAAGCUCAGAUGUACCAUUCGAAGAGCCAGCAGCUCCGUCGGGUCACGCCUAUGAAAUCAUGAAAGAACUUGGAACAAAUGUCCAGCUCCUCCCAAACCACACCACCCCGCAGAAGAGUGACACCUACUUCAACCGCAAAAUGAAGAGCAACAGGCAGCUGGUGUUUUGUUCACUGGCUGUUCUGACUGAGGAGAGAAACCCACUCGAGUGUCUGGAUGCUUUUGGAGCCACAGGCAUCAUGGGUCUCCAGUGGGCAAAGCAUCUUCGUAAUGCCAUCAAAGUGACCAUAACAGAUAUCAGUGACACGUGUGUCAAAAUGAUCAAAGAGAACUGCAAGCUCAACCACAUCCGUGUUGAUGGAUGCCCGCGAGGGCCCCGGGGGCCUGACAGUGAGGUGGAGGGAGUCCCCAUCGCUACGGUGGAGGUCGCCAAGAUGGAUGCUAAUGUCAUUCUGCACCUGCGGGCUUUUGACUACAUUCACCUGGAUCCAUAUGGUACAGCUGUGAACUACUUGGAUGCUGCCUUCAGAAAUGUCCGUAACCUGGGCAUCAUCUCGGUCACGUCCACAGACACAAGUUCCUUGUACGCCAAGUCCCCAAAUGUCACCCUGCGUCACUACGGCUGCCACAUUGUGCGCACUGAGUACUACAGAGAGGUGGCUGCACGCAUGGUUGUGGCCACUGUGGCCAGAGCGGCGGGACGCUGUAACAAAGGCAUUGAGGUGCUGUUGGCGGUAGCAUUGGAACAUUUCGUGCUGGUGGUGGUGAGAGUGCUGAGAGGUCCUACACAAGCUGAUGAGUCGGCCAAGAAAUUACGAAAACUGGUCCACUGUCAGUGGUGUGAAGAGAGACUCUUCCUCAAACAGGGAAACAUGGUGGACGACACGCUACCCUGUAACUGCCAUGGAAGUCUACCUGGAAAGACAGCAGUGCAGCUUGGACCUCUGUGGUCCGGCCCUCUGUUUAAUACAGGCUUUCUGAGGAAGAUGUUGUCUGCAGCGGUACAGCACAGUAUGGAUGACAUCCAGCCACUCGUCAAAACUCUUAUCUGCGAGUCUGAGUGCACCACCCUCAAGUCUUUUGUUCAUGGGCCAUCUGCUCUCACUAACCAGGUGGAGUGUGGCGUUGUCAUUAAGACCCUACAGAGCGGAGAGGAGUUGGGUCCUGCUGACCAGUCCGGGAAGAGGAAGACCGGAGAGGAGUCUGGAAGCGUAGUAAAAAAGCUGAAGUCUGAUGUGUCUCUGGAACACCCGCCUUUCUACUACAGUAUCCACCGCCACAGCAUCCGAGGCAUGAACAUGCCCAAGUUGAACAAGUUCCUACAGUAUCUGACAGAGGCUGGCUUCAGGGUGAGUCGGACUCACUUCGACCCAACAGGAGUUCGAACCGAUGCCACGCUGCUGAAGUUUAAAUCUGUCCUCACCAAGUACAGCGUUCCCACGUACACCAAUGCCACCGCCACUCAGAAGAGUGUGAGCACAGAGACAACAACUUGAGCAGAGUGGAACCCGACAGAGAAGCCAAGAUGGCUUCCAACUCGUCCACACCUGACAGAAAACGUUCUUUCUGCUCCACAAAGUUCUGACUGCACUGAUAUCUGAAAAGCCACCCUGCAUACUGUAUUUAUAUGUGCUUUUAUUGGAACAAACUUUUAUCAAACUAAAACUGAGGUGGGUUUUUUUUUUUUAAAACACAAAUCCAAUCAAUCCUUCAACAGCACAGAUGACCCUAGUUUAUCUACUACGCUAUUUAUUUGUUUUGAAAAUCCAUAUUGUACACAUUUGGCUUUUUUCUUUUUGUUACAUUUUAGUUUUGCCUUCUAAAAACAUAAUAAAAUCUUUCUGAAAAGCGUGA